GGCGUCACUGAAGUUCUCUGUGAAGCCUGUGAUCUGCUGGGAUGGAAGAAACCAACCAAGAUCCAGAUAGAAGCCAUUCCUGUGGCUCUGGAGGGGCGUGACGUGAUCGGUCUGGCGGAGACGGGCUCAGGGAAGACGGGAGCGUUUGCUCUUCCUAUCCUGCAGUGUCUGCUGGCGUCUGCGCAGAGGCUGCACUCUCUCAUCCUGACUCCCACCAGAGAGCUGGCCUUCCAGAUCGCAGAGCAGUUCGACGCGCUGGGCUCCAGCAUCGGUGUCAAGACCGCUGUGGUCGUAGGGGGGAUCGAUAUGAUGUCUCAGGCUCUGGUUCUGGCUAAGAAGCCUCACGUGGUGAUCGCGACUCCGGGACGUUUGAUCGAUCACCUGGAAAACACCAAAGGAUUCAACCUGCGAGCGCUCAAGUAUCUGGUGAUGGACGAAGCUGACCGCAUUCUCAACAUGGACUUUGAGUCUGAGGUGGAUAAGAUCCUGAAGGUGAUUCCUCGCGACAGACGCACCUUCCUGUUUUCGGCCACCAUGACUAAAAAGGUGCAGAAGCUGCAGCGCGCGGCUCUACAGGAUCCUGUUAAAUGCACCGUUUCCUCCAAAUACGCCACCGUCGACAAGCUGCAGCAGUAUUACAUCUUCAUCCCGUCCAAGUACAAGGACUGUUAUCUGGUCUCUAUCCUGAAUGAACUGGCUGGGAACUCUUUCAUGGUUUUCUGCGGCACGUGUAAUAAUGCCCAGCGGGUGGCGCUCUUGCUCAGAAACCUGGGCAUCACGGCCAUCCCUCUCCACGGACAGAUGAGUCAGAACAAGCGUCUCGGGGCUCUUAACAAGUUCAAGUCCAAGUCUCGCUCGGUCCUGCUGGCCACAGACGUGGCGUCUCGAGGCCUGGACAUCCCACAUGUGGACUGCGUCAUCAACUUCGACAUCCCCACACACUCCAAGGACUACAUCCAUCGUGUGGGCCGCACCGCCAGAGCAGGGAGAUCUGGGAAAUCCAUCACCUUCGUCACGCAGUAUGACGUGGAGCUGUUCCAGCGAAUCGAAGCGCUGAUCGGGAAGAAACUGCCCGCCUUCCCCACACAGGAAGAGGAAGUGAUGAUGCUGCUGGAGCGAGUGAGCGAAGCGCAGAGAUUCGCUCGGAUCGAGAUGAAGGAAAGCUCAGAGAAGAGGAAGCGGCCCAAAGCAGACGAGGAAGAGGCUGACGACGGAGAACAGUCGAGCGGCGUGAGGAAGAAGAUCAAGGGCGGCUCGUUCAGAGGAAGAGCGAAGCGAGGACGCUGAGACUCUGCUGGAGUUUGCUUUAAUACAUCUAAUAAAUCAUGCAUUUUCCACA